GCCCGACGAAGAGCGCUCCACUUAGCCUUCAGCGCCCUCGCAGGAAUCCUUCAGCGCGCCACAAAGCCCAAGAUGGCAGUUCCAGCUCUCGACAAGGGCUCGGUGGAGACGAUGUUCCUUCAUGGCGACGCCGAAGCAUCAAGCUCGCCGGUGCUCCAGAUUCUGAGCGUCAAAAAGGUCUCGCCUGCUCCUAUGCCGAAUGGACAGACCGGCGCGGACCGCUACAGGUUGAUCCUGUCCGACAGCGCACAUUUCAUCCAGGCCAUGUUGGCUACUCAGCUCAAUCAUCUCAUCGGUGACGGUCAAAUCGAAAAGCACGCUGUCGUACGUUUGGAUCAAUACGCCAUCAAUAAGGUCCAGAAUAGAUCUAUUGUCAUCUGUCUGGGCAUAGAGGUGCUCGGUAAAGAGACUGACAAGAUAGGCGACCCCAGCUCCGUCGAGAAGCUGGAAAAGAUUGAAAGCCAGGCGCCAAAGGGUGUCAAUCCGUUCAACGAGAUCAGCAACGUCUCUCGCGCGUCUGCUCCUGCAAAGUCAGCCAUAGCCUCAAAGAACGCCCGCGCGACUAAUGGUCCUAACACGCCCAUCUAUCCCAUCGAGGGCCUCUCGCCCUACCAGAACAAAUGGACCAUCAAAGCGCGUGUCACGCUCAAGAGCGACAUUCGGCAUUACACAAACGCUAAAGGUGACGGCAAGGUUUUUAGCGUCAAUCUACUCGACGAAUCGGGAGAGAUCCGUGCUACUGGCUUCAAUGAUGCCGUCGAUAAUCUGUUCAAUGUCUUUGAAGAAGGCAAAGUGUAUUACGUCUCGAAAGCACGUGUCAAUAUCUCCAAGAACAAGCAGUACAACCCGACGAACAACGAAUAUGAGAUUAUGUUCGAGCGAGACACCCAAGUCGAGCUCUGCACUGAUACGACCGACCUGCCUCAAGUCAAGUACAACUUUGUCAAUUUGUCUGAUCUGACAACGCAAGAAGCCAAUGCCAUGAUCGACGUACUCGGCGUCGUCAAAGAAGUUGGCGAGCUAAGCUCAAUCGUCAGCAAAGCUACCUCGAAACAGAUCCCCAAGCGUGAGAUUGUACUGAUCGAUCAGUCGGAAUUCAGCGUCCGAAUGACGCUCUGGGGUCGUCAAGCCGAGCAAUUCUCUGCGCCUGAUCAACCUAUCAUCGCCUUCAAGGGCGUCAAAGUUGGCGAUUUUGGUGGACGAAGUUUGAGCAUGGUCAGCAGCAGUACGAUGGCAGUCGAUCCUGACAUUCAGCCCGCUCACUCCCUCAGUGGCUGGAUGAAAGCAGUCGGCGAGACAAAGACUUUCCAAACUUUCAAAUCGACAGGCGGAGGUGCAGGCGGUUUCAAGGAAGAGGAAGCCAAGACCAUUGCACAGAUCAAGGAGGAAGGGCUGGGCAUGCAGGACACGCCCGACAACUUCUUCUUGCGUGCUACUAUCGUCUAUGUCAAGAAGGACAGUCUCUCGUACCCGGCCUGUCCGAAGGAAGGCUGUAACAAGAAGGUCACGCCGACGAGCGAGGGGAGCUUCAGAUGUGAAAAGUGCAGCGAAGACUUCCCUGCGCCUCAACAUCGAUACGUCAUGUCUCUUUCUGUGCUGGAUCACACCGGGCAGCUCUGGCUCAGCGCAUUCGACGAUGCAGGCAGAUUGAUACUCGACCACUCUGCUGACGACAUCGAGCGCCUUCGCGAUGAGGACGAACAGGCAUUCGUUGGAGCCAUCUGGCGCGGAUCCGGCAAGGCCUACAAUUUUGCUUGCCGAGCGAGAACAGAGACCUUCCAAGAUACCUCACGCGUCCGCUAUCAAAUCAACCGCGCAACGCCUGUCGAUUAUGUGGCGGCCUCCGCGUGGCUAGUCAAACAGAUCGAGGGUCUCGGCUUCACGGUCUGAAGCAAAAAGCAACUUUCGACUUUUCGUGCUUGUAUCUUUGGCCUUGCAAUGCAACUAUGCGAGCAUUAUGUCACAAUGUCAA